AUGGCCUUCCUAAUUCUCGCUCUUGCGACCAUGGCCCCCUCUGCGAUGGCCUUUGAGUGCACACGCGAACAUCUUCAAAGUACAGCAGACUCGUACGUCGACCUAAUGGCAACAGGCCAGCACGACCGAUUCGAGAACCUCGCCUACUCAAUGGAGUACUUUGAGAACAACCAGACGGCCUCGAUCCUCGGCGGCGUACCAGCUCUCGGACUGACCAUUGACUUCCACCGCUCCAUCCUCGACACAACGCAAUGCAAGACCAUGACGGAGCUCAUCAUCACCAACCCCACACAUCCAUACGUCAUUCACACCCAGAUGACCCUAGAUAUCGAAGGCAACGUGAACCUCAUCGACAGCAUCGUCACCGACCAAGGCGACUGGGCCUUCAACGCAACGGGCUACCUAUACUGGAACAGCCAAGAAUCCUGGCUUCCUAUCCCGGAAGCCGCACGCGACACAUACAAGGUGGUCAAAGCGGCGGGGGAAGCAUAUGCAGACCGCUGCAACGACAUUACCGUGGCAGUCCCCUGGGGUGUACCUUGCACCCGUCUCGAAGGCGGUGCGUAUACGGGUUACAAAAACCUGUCGGCAAACACGUGCGAUCAGGUGCCGGCACAUGUCCCCAUGACGAACCGAAAGUAUGUUGUUGAUGAGGUGAUGGGUGUUGUGGAUGUCUUUAUGGGGUUUACGGGGUUGGAUCGGACAAGGAAUACUGAGGAUCCGGGGAUUGGAGGAAGGUUUGUUGCGUCGCCGGCGGUGAAGUUUUACUGA